GUCGCGAUCUGUGCGUGUUGUAUAUCAUGCGCGGCUGUGCUGUUAAUGCGAUUCAUUUCAGAGGUUGAAUAUUAGUUGGGUAUGGGAGGCCAUUUCCGCUAUACAAAGUGGGACCCUGUGCUGAUAAUAAGUCAAAUUGUUUGCUUGCAAGCAUUGUAUUAUGUUACGUUGGGCGUCUGCCUUGUUUUCCUUAACAUGCUUACUGGCGGCUUACUUUCCCUUGACAGCAUUUUCAACUUUGAGGUUCUGAAUCUAUCUGAGGGCCAUGGCAGGGUGGUUGCCAUUGCAUUUGUGCUGAAUGCAGGAUUCAGCGCGCUGUCGCUCUGGUGGGUGGUGCAGCGGACCAAGCUGUGCCUCGACUUCUCAUGCACCACGCUGGGCUACCACCUGCUCUUCUGCUGGCUGCACGGCGGCCGGGCGCCGAGCAGCGCCGCCUGGUGGCUGGUGCAGCUGGCCUGUCUCAGCCUGGCCUGUGUGUGCGGCGAGUUCCUCUGCAUGCGCACCGAGCUGGCCGCCAUCCCCGUGAACCUGGGCGGCCGCGCCGACUUGUGACGCCGGGCCCACUGAGCGCGCCGACCGACGGCGACUAUCCUGGCGGCGGCGGCGGCCGAGU